AUGCUACGGCCGGAAGAUAUUCUUUGGCGUAUCAAAGAAGCCAGCCUCAGGCUUUGCAUAGUAUGCGACACAGCGGAAGGUAUCGCACAUGCGCUGGCAUCUCUCGAUCGCUCAUUUGCUGCGGUAUCUACUCGAGACAACUCUUCGCUCACAUUUUCCUGCCGGAUCGAGAUUGGUCCGAGAUUAUUCAAAAGAAUCACGAAGAUCGUCCCUAAUCCCCUGCGAUUACUUGACGAGAAGGGAAGGCUAUUUCUAGAGCUCUAUAAUUACAUGGACAAGCAGUACCUGCAGCUGAAGGACAGCGAAGAGUCGGGUGUCACUGGGGACGCAAACUCUGAACACGAGUUAGAGAACAGUGAAGAGUCGGCUCCACAGUAG